GUUCUUUGAGGAAAGCAUUUUUCGACUACAGCCAGUUUGCACACAGGACAGCAAGCUGUUAGCACACAAGCUCCGAAACCUGAAGAACUCUCACCUCUCACGCUCCAGGGGCUACUUUAGGACAUUUAAAAUGCCGCAAAAGAUGAAUUCGAAAGACAACCAUGCAAAUUCUGAACUUGGUCUUGAAGAAUGGCUGCUUUCCAAUGCUGCAAAAGACUGCGCUUUUGGCCUCACUUCUCUGCAGUGCACUCCAGGACCUUUGGGCAGUGCCAUCUCCAGCGGGUCACGGUUAGACAUCCAGGCUUUACACAGUGAACUCGCUGAGCUGGUCCCCAAGACUGAGCCCAAACUUUGUAAACGUCGCUGGAUCAUGCUGUUUCUCUUCAGCGCUGUGUCAGCCAGCAAUGCCUUCACGUGGCUUCAGUACGGCAUUAUAAGCAACAUUUUCAUGCGCUUCUACAGCAUUGACUCAUUUGCCAUUGACUGGUUGGCCAUGAUCUACUUGCUCACUUACAUUCCUCUCAUUCUACCCGUCCUGUGGCUCCUGAAAAAUAGGGGAAUCCGGGAAGUCGUCUUGGUUGGAUCAGCUUUUAACUGCAUUGGUGCUUGGAUAAAAACGAGUAGUGCCAGUCCCAAUCUGUUCCUAGUCACAUUUUUUGGCCAGUUCAUGUGCUCGGUAUCCACUGUCUUCCUCCUUGGUAUUCCCUCUUACCUUGCCUCAGUGUGGUUCGGUGAGAGAGAGGUUUCCACUGCUUGUUCCAUAGGAGUCCUGGGAAACCAGGUUUGUCUUAAUAUCUUAUCUAAAGUCACGGACCACAUAGUGUGGCAGCUGUCUGUAGAUAAUGCAGCUGCACUGGAUUCCAGAGCCACAUAG